GUGGACCUCAGAACGGUCCAGCGAGGAACUGGUGGACUGACUGGCCGGGAAAAGCACAUCGUGAGUACGAUGCCGAUAUGUUUACUACGAUCGGAUCAGCCAUCACCUCCAUCCAAGCAGAAUGAAGGACUGGGAAUAUACGCCUUGGAUGGCUGAGCUGACCGUCGGGGAUAUCAACCCCAGUCAACCAUCGUACCCGGGGAAACUACCCGGUGACACAACGGUGUUGAGGUGUCUACUUCAGACUGUAGGACCCUCUGGUCAGGAACCGGGAGGCCAGGCAUAUCUUCCAGAUCGCACCUCCUUCGGUACCCGGGUACCUGUUAGGUGAAAUGUGGCUGGCACAGCCCAUCACCAUUGAGAAACAGGUGACGAUUCUCUCAGGUCAUGUUCAUCUGCCGGGAAACUGUCGA